GUGCAGUAGAAGUUUCUCUGCUUGGAUGAAACAUAGUUCCACUUCCAAUACGAUGUCUAACUUUCUCCCUUUCAAGUAAUACAGACCGUCCAUUGUCCAUUAUUAGCCUUCUAGUGGUAGCAAUAGCUUACAAAAAUGCUCUUGGAAUGGAACAAUGAUCUUACCACACAAAGGGAUGAAAACGGGAGAACACCUCUCCAUUUUGCGGCAGCUCUGGUACGACAAAGUAAGCGAGGAAGCAUAUGUUGGCAAGUGUUGGAAGCUAACCCAGCUGCACUGUAUCAAUCAGACAACGACGGAUUAUUUCCAAUACACGUCGCUGCCUCUGUCGGUGAAAGAGGGACAAUCACUAUGUUUCUUAACAAGUCUCCUAGCAGCGCGGGUUUGCACGACACUAAGGGUAGGACAUUCCUUCAUGUAGCUGCUGAGAAAAAGAAAGUUGGAAUAGUCAGUUAUGGUUGCAGAAAUCAAUCGCUCUCAUGGAUUCUUAACAUGCAAGACAAUGAUGGGAACACUGCACUACACCUAGCUAUCCAGGCAGGGAGCCUUCUAAUGUUUUGUGCUCUGGUAGGGAAUCGGCAAAUACACUUAAAUUUAACAAAUAAGAAAGGGCAAACUCCUCUAGAUAUAUCACGAUGUGAAAUCCCUCCAGGACUGUUUGAUGAUAAGAACAGUGAAACAAAGAUACACUUUGCUCUCAAAGUUGCUAAUGCUAGAAGUGGUGCUUGUGGCUGCGAUAACUUUGAAGAACCCUACAGUCACCGAUUAAAACAUAAUGCGAGAGAAGAAUCAGAAAAGGCCAGAGAAUCAACACAAACUCUCUGUAUUGGUGUGGUUCUAAUAGCAACAGUGACGUUUGGUGCUAUUUUCGCCCUACCUGGAGGUUAUAGAGCUGAUGAACACACUGAUGGAGGCACACCAACACUUGCUGGGAGGUACUCUUUUGAUGCAUUCAUAAUAGCCAGCACAUUUGCCUUCAUGUUCUCCUCAGUAGCUACCUUAAGUCUCAUGUAUUCUGGAUACUCUAUUUUAAAUCCACAGAGUCGCAGAAUAUACUUAGUCGUAGCACUGUAUUUUGGGUCAACUUCGGUCACAUGUUUCACUGCAGCCUUUGCACUGGGUAUGUACAUGGUGCUAGCUCCAAUUGCUUAUAAGACUGCCAUUGCCAUCUGUGUCACGAGUCCUCUUGUUGUCCUAUGCAACAAAUUGGAAUUUUGGCUAAAAUGGUCUCUUCUGGCACGCCCAUUAUGUACGAGAAUUGGGAUCAUUCGCACAUUGGUAAUUGUAGCACAGAGAAUCCUAUUCAACCUUUUCAUGGAGUUUUGGCCCUUCAUAUUCAUCUUUGUUUGGGCUGCAUAUACAAGAAACCAACUUUAGAAAUGGGAUCAAUGAUACAGCAACCGCACCGUUGAAUUGAAGAUGCCUUAAACAUGGCACAUUCUGAGUGAGACCUGCUGACCCAGCCUGCAUGGAAUUUAAAAUUUACUAUCAUCUUUAGUCUCCUGUUCAUCAUCAGGAAUUUAUUAUCUUUUUAUUUUUCACUUUUGACAUACACGUCAGGAAUUUAUGUGUCAUGAUGUACCUUUUUGUUCAGGAGCUUGUGCUCUUGAUCAUGUAAACACUUAUCGCUGCUGCUAUCUACUACUUCGAUUAAUUAUACAGCUGACUGUUGUUUUCCAUGUGUA